AGCAGGUUUUGCUCCAUCUCCCCAGCGCUCUCGGAAAUCGGCUAUUUGCAUUGGGUUGGUAAUCUCUAGUCAGAUCUUCCAGCAAUUGCUCGUGAAUGGGCCCACAGGAACAACACCAAAUCUUUGGUCUCGUUUCUGCACUCCUGGCUACUCUGCUCUAUGGCUCCUGCUAUGUGCCAGUAAGAUGGUUUGAAGCAGGCGAUGGUGUGUAUUUCCAAUGGCUGAUGUGCAUUGGUCAACUCAUUGAUAGUGUCGCUGUACAAGCGUUUUAUGGAUGGCCACCGAUGUUUCCACUAGCAAUGCUUGGCGGGUUCUUCUUUGCUUUGGGUAACGCACUAACAAUGCCUAUCAUGAAUGGCAUAGGUAUGGCUGUUGGGUCUCUCUUGUGGAAUACACUGACUUGCAUUGUGGGAUGGGGUGUGUCCCGAUUUGGGUUGUUCGGGAGCCCCAAGAAAGUUCCUCUCGACAACGUCAUGAAUGUUGUCGGAAUUAUUGUUGUUUUCAUUGGAGGUUUCUUCUUUGCCACGCUCAAACACCAUCCUGUAAAAGUGAGACCUGCUCCAUGGCAGAGGCCUUCGCUACCCUUCAACGCGGAUCUGAAGGGUGAACAAGAGAUUUCAAAAACGAAGAGAAUUUUAGCCAUCUUAUGCACAGUCAUUGUUGGGUGCAUGUACGGUAACAUGCUCACGCCCAUAGGUUACCUGAGCAUGCAUGCACAUGACGGGCUACUGAAGCAUUAUGCUACCUACUUUUUCUCGUGGUGUAUUGGUGCAUUCUUGACAUCUACAGUGAUCUUUAUGUUCUAUUCUGGAUUCAGAAAAAAUCGUCCGCUCAUAAAUCCAGAAUUAACAUUACCAUCGCUGCUUGCUGGUCUGAUGUAUGGAGGUGCUUCCUUUUACUUCUUCUUAGCAAAUGAACAUCUCGACCCGAUCGUCGCAUAUCCAUUCUUGACAAAGGCUCCUGGAAUUGUUUGCGCUAUGUGGGCAGUGUUUCUGUUCAAAGAGAUAAGAGGCAGCUGGGACAUGACACACUUGUUUGUUGGGAUUCUCGUCACUGUCGCUGGCUUGACCAUGAUAACGUUAUCAAAAGUUACGAGCUUUGAUUACACUUGGUUUGAAAAAGUGCAGGUUUGGGUUUUCAUGCGCUCAUGAAAGCCUGUAGCCUCGUAAACACAUCUAGAUUUUUCUUGCUUUCUUCCGACAGCCGAAGAAAUUUACAAUAUUUACAACUCACAGUGAUGUUCAAUAAAUUUUGUGUGUUUAUAUUUACUAAAAGAAUAUAUGGAAAUGCGAAGAGUCCUUUAUAAAUAUUGUCGAUC